AUGAAAAGACUCCCCCUUGGUCCACUUUACUAUGAGUUCAGUCGGCAUAACGAGCCGCGCUUAAGGAUCACGCCGGGCGAAACCGUGUUGGUGGAGGCAGAGGACGCCUUUUCGGGUCAGAUCCGCACCAACACCGAUCGGCGAGAUAAGACCAAGAAACCUUACGGCAACCCACAAACAGGUCCAAUCUGGAUUGAGGGUGCUGAACCGGGAGACGCGCUGGCAGUUAAAAUUGAGGAAAUUCGACCGAGUCUCGGUCAAUGUGCGACCCGAACCUCCGAUCCCCGACAGCUUGCCGAAUGGUUGGGCGACGACUGUCCGCAUGGCGUGCAUGUCUGUCCUAUCCGCGACGGACAGAUCUACUGGAGCGAUGACAUCACCAUCCCCUACACCCCGAUGCUCGGUUGUAUCGGAACGGCACCGGAUACCGGUGUGCCGACAACAGGACCGGCGGGCCCUCACGGUGGUAAUAUGGAUAUCAUCGAAACCUGUCCCGGCAAUACCGUUUACCUGCCCGUAUUUGUAUCAGGUGGGUAUCUCUAUUUGGGCGAUGCACACGCUGCAAUGGGACACGGCGAACUUUCCGCUUCUGGACUGGAAAUGCCUUCUGAGACAAAGAUUACUGUCGAUCUAAUCAAGGGCAAAAACCUGCCGGACCUCGAAUCGAAUCCCCUACAGAGAUCAUGA